UUGUGUUGCAAACUCCAUUCUUUCUAAUUCUCAAAGUGCUCGUCAAUACGCACGCGCAUUAUGUGAUGACAAGAUGUCUGAUUUGGUAGAGACGACAGAGAGCGAGUCGUGGGGUUUUCUGCUCAGUAAACUUCGAGAAUCCGGAGCCUCUGGACCGCAAGACGAGCAGUCAGAUAUUCUCCACAGUCUUCUACAACACUCGCUGCAACUAGAAAAUAGACAGUCCCUGACGCAAGAUGACGUAAUGAUGAUUGUGAAGCUGCUAUCUGAUUGGUCAGAAAUCUACAGCUCCAAAUCGACCCCCGAAACCCCGCCCAAACCCGGAGACCCUGCAUUGCUGAGUCUGAUAAAGCUAUUGCUCAAUUCCUGCGCUGGAGUUCCUUGCAACCAACAUUAUCUCCUGGAAGCCGGUGCUUUAGCUGAGAUAUCGAAACUACUCUUACAAUUCGUGACAUCACACCAGCAAAUGCCCAUCUCGACGGGCGAUCACCGUGAUGUGGUUGUCACGGCGACACUGCAGUUGUUGGGAAACAUAUGCGUUGGAUUCCGAGACGGCCGAGAUAAGGUUUGGAGGAAGUUCUUUCCGCAGACUCUCAGAUCGAUUCUUCGUUCAUUCGGCCAAGUCGAGAUGGUAUGCAUGGUAUUGCACAACUGUACCUGUACCGAAGAUGCUAAAAAUAGAACGAGAGAAAUGGUCACAUCUGAGGGGGGAUUAGCCAUAUUAUCACAUAUUGUUGGAGCACAUGAGGAAAAGAACUGUGAAUGGAGGUCAAUAUUUCUGAGAUCGUUUGUGGAUCAGAUGCCACUAUCUGAGCUGCAUCGUGUUCUGAUUCCAUUCCAGUAUGGACUCUGGACAGCUCUCCUGGAGACUGCAUGUCAACUAAUGAACCAUGACCAACAAAGUGAGGUUGAAGUGGGUGGGGGGAAAGAGGCGUGGCCUCAGUGGGAGGAGGGGGAGUGUGUGUAUCUGGUGGAGAUGUGGAGAGGGGAAGUUGGGAAGGUGAUGUCAGAUCAGGCGGCCAUUUUGAUCGAGUGUUUUAACACUAGCUCAACGGAACAACUCUCUUCCACUGCAAAAAUGAACGCAAGUCAAUACAUUAUUAUAUUAUUUUGCUGGUGGACUUAUCUUACCAAUGUAGGUUGGAGUUUUGACUUCAGUUUUGAAGCUGCUGUGCUGCCUUAGCAUCAGGGAGCGUUACUUACAUCUUCUGCAAACAAAAACUCAGACCUUAGACUCCGCUAUAGAACUUCUACGACAGCUCUCAACACUCGAUGGUUCCAACAACUCUACCAGACAUCUCAGCAGUUUGAAAGAAAGUCGAAAAACGACAGAAAUACGGAAAGAAGGGCCGCUUUUCGGAAUGAAGAGGGACUUACUGCAGUUCAUAGGCAGUUUAUUGUACCACUGUCCUCAUAUGCAAGAGAGGAUUCGAAUGUUGGAGGCUAUUCCACUCAUUCUCAACCAAUGCCACCUUGACCACGGCAACCCUUAUAUAUUGCAAUGGGCUGUGUUGACUAUACGCAAUAUGUGCGAGGAUAACCCUGCCAAUCAGGAGAUGAUUGCAAAGUUGGAGACUCGAGGGGUUGCCGAGGCAACGGCGGCCCAGUUCCGGCCCGGGUGCGAGGUUGAAGUAACUCAGAAUGGAAGACUGAGAGUUAAACCCAAAACUUAAGUUCUCACGAAAUUCUUCAUUAUGUGUUUGUGUGUAUCAUAUUAUGUGUGGGUAUUAAAUGCUCCAAUUGUUGUCAAACUUCUUGAUUGUUUAUUUAUGCAACCCUUCUUUGAUGAUUUCUAUAUACCAACUUGUUAAACACUACAACUCAUUGGGGGCAACAUGCAUUAGAGACAUAGCUAUAGGAGGGAAUGCCAAAAGACUUGUGCAAGUAAUACCACGCAAGCUGGACCUACCUUGGUCGUGUGUAUCAGAGCAUGUAAAAAUAUUGUCGGUGUGUAUUAUUUUAUGAACUGAGUUGGCACUAAUGGUGGGAAGGAAGGCUGUAAUUCAUAAGGCAUCCCAGUGCUAUUUUGCCUGUCCGACCGGUAAAAAUACCUAGGAUUAGGCAAGUCUAUGAGGAGUUGCCAUGUCUGUGAUGAGUUUUGAGUCUGUGAUCCAGUUUUGUAUCUAAAACCUUUUACUGACUCUAACGGAGCUGAUUUUUUAAUGAGCUAUAUCAAAUGUGUAUAUAAUGUGUG